AUGGCUGUCCUUCCACGCCUUAGCAAAGAAAAACUUGAUCAGCAGCACAAGCUGUAUGCUGAGAAGCCAAACAACGAGGUCGGAAUCAUCCUUGUUUCUGUUGUUGUCUUCGUGGUCAUUGCCAUAGCGGUGGCUUAUUUGUUAUAUUUUAGGAUCAAAAACAACAAAGCCAAAGUUCUGGUCAAGAUGAAGUCCUGGAAAGCUGCAUACAGGGCCUGGAAGCUCGCCAGGAAGAGUAAGGAGGUCUCUGAAAAGCCAGACCUCGAGAAAGGCCUCGCAGUGACCAACACUGUCACUGCGCCCAAGACUGCCCAUGUGGCGAAUGCCCGCGCUGAAGGGCCUGAUGUUGACAGCAUCACUGCCAACCUCACUGAGGCAUACCUCAAGAAGACGACUGCGGUUAUGCACCCAAUCGCCUAG